AUGGAGCCAUCCUCAGAUGAUGGUCUCAGAGAUCAAUUGCGCUCCCCUUCUCUUCUUCAAAGCUUUAGACCCACGCCUAAAGAUAAUGGAGCAUACAUUUGCAGAUGGAAGCCGACCUCUUCCGUGAUUUGCUUUGACCAAUUCAAAUCUGCAGAGGCUCUUCACAACCACAUUAAAGCCUGUCACAUAGGCAAGACGAACGGAUCUUGCUUUUGUCAGUGGGAGGGUUGCGAUGAAGACCAUACAAAGGACUUCAAGCAACGCUCGAAAUUGGCCAGACAUUUGCUUGUGCAUGCUGGCUAUCGGCCCUACAAGUGUGGCCAUGAUGGGUGCGAAAAGACCUUCGCCACCAACCAAGCCAAAGAUAACCACGAACGUACGCAUGCAGGCAACAAGCCUUAUCAAUGCCAGCACUGUCCCUACGUAACAACGACGGCUACUCAACUCAAAACCCACAUCAAUGCCAAACACAUCAAAGACAAAUGCUUCCACUGCCGCAUCUGCGCCUUCUGCUGCGCCGACUCCUCGAACCUCUCCAAGCACGAGAAAACCCACCGCGCGCGGCCCUACCGCUGCUUACACCCCAGCUGCACGUUUAAAAACGACUGUCGGUGGGAAAACGUGAAGCGCCAUUUCAAGAAGUCGGGACAUUGCCCAGAGCUGCUGGUCGAUGACUCCCCGGAGCAGGUGCGGUAUAAGCAAGAAGCAGCGGAGCUCGCGAAGAGGGACCCAUUGCCGAAGAAGGUGAGUCGGGUGAGGCGGACGGGAGAGGUGGCGGAAAGGGAGGAGGGAGAGAGUAGCUGUUGA